AUGUCAUACAUCACACCUACCAAAAGGAUUUACACUUCUGAAGAUUUAUCAAAAUGGGUGGGCUCACCUACCUAUAAUACUGUAUUGGACUUCAUUGUGGAGUUGCAGACAUCUGUCACUGGCAAAUCCAAUGAUUCAUCGAACGAGGCUAGUCUGAUAAUUGACAAACUUUCAAAACUCCUUUCCAAAGUUGAUAGUCUAAUUACAUUACAUCCUGCUCAUGAUUCAGUAUCUAGAUUUGGAAAAGUUGAAUUCAGAGACUUUUAUAAGGAUUUGUCUGCCAAAGCGGAAGAAUAUAUUUCUGAGAUCACUCCCAUGGCAAUUCAAGAAACAUCCACUUACUUUGUUGAAUCGUGGGGGAAUAGCACAAGAAUCGAUUAUGGGUCUGGUCAUGAAUUGAAUUUUAUAUGUUUUUUGUUGUGCUUGAAGGAGUUAGGUCAAAUUACCGCUUCUGAUUACGAAGGUUUGAUUCUCAGAGUUUUCACUCAAUAUAUAUCUAUCAUGCGUAAACUACAGAAGGAAUACUGGUUGGAGCCUGCGGGAUCGCAUGGGGUUUGGGGGUUGGAUGACUAUCACUUUUUGCCCUUUUUAUUUGGAGCUGCACAAUUGUCUACUCAUCCACAUAUGAAACCAAAACUGAUUCAUAAUGAUGAGUUAGUGGAGAUGUAUUCCACAAAGUAUAUGUAUUUUGAGUGCAUCGAUUUCAUAAACAAAAUUAAAACCAUUCCUAACCACCAAGGCAAAUUGAGCUUGCGCUGGCAUCUGCCAAUGUUGGAUGACAUAUCUGCCGCUAAAAACUGGGAUAAGAUUAGAGAAGGAAUGGUGAAAAUGUACAAGGUCGAAGUUUUAGGGAAACUACCAAUCAUGCAGCAUUUUAUGUUUGGUACUCUUUUAAAAUGUCCAGAAGGAAUCCCUGAGCAUACCGAUGAAAACGGACACGGAGACAAGGUUGAGGAUCAUUGUGGCCACGCUCACGUUAACACUUGGGGAGAUUGUUGUGGUAUUAAGAUUCCCAGUGGCAUUGCUGCUAGUGAAAGUCUAAAGCAUGAGAGGAAAGGCAAUAUUCCGUUCGAUUAG